GCAAAACUAUGUUUUGAAUUGAAACAUGCAUGUGGACUGUACACUGGGGAUAAACGUGACCCGCUAUUCAACGCAAUCACAGCGACUUAUCGCCGCGGCGGCAAGUGAGGCGUGAUGGAUCCGCAGCAAGCCGGAGUUGGCCCGGCAUCGGGACGGCAGGCAGACUCGGGCCCCCGGGGCGUUCUCAGCACCGGGCUUCUGCGGGGCCUCUUCCAGAGGGCCGGGGCCCAGCCCCCGUCCUUCUGCUCUCUGCUGCUCCCCAGGGUCCACGCAGCUGACGCGGCUUCUGCCCAGCCGGUCUCUUCCAGCUCUCCCCCCUCCAACACCACCACCGCUACUAUGACUCCUGGCGCGGCAGCCUUUGGCAGCACCUUGCCGAAGAACUUCGGCCGGCCAGAGUUCCCCGACACGGGCUGGGACCGCAUCAAGGACCUCUUUGACCGAGAUGGCUCCCGGGGGCCGUCGGAGGAGCUGAGGAGCGUGCUGAAGAGCGCCGUGGCGGGGGCCCUGGUCGGCCUGCUCCACGGGGGGCUGCCCGCCGCGCGCAACGCACGCCAGCGCUACAUCCAGCUGAGCCAGGCGGAGCUCUACACCAGCCGGGUGGAGGCUGUGAGGUCCUCCCACAACGCCGCCAUUCGGGGGUUCCUGCGCUACGGCUGGAGGUGGAGCUGGAGGGUGGCCGCCUUCGUCACGCUGUUCAACUCGGUGAGCACCGGUCUGUCUGUGUACCGGGACAAAGACGCUCUGAGCCACUAUGCGGCCGCCGGAGCUGUCACUGGGGGUCUCUUCCGGCUCAACCUUGGUCUGAGGGGUCUGUUGGCCGGGACCCUGAUCGGCGCUCUCUUGGGGCUCCCCGCGGGCGCCCUGGUCGUCAGCAUGCAGACGGUUGCCGGGGAAACCACCCGUGACCGGGUGAGACGAGAGCGCAGCGAGCUGUACCAACUCAAGCUGCAGGAAUGGUCCGCCCGCCUGCAGCUGACGGACGAGCUGAUUGGUGACCUGAGUGUGAACACCAAUGAGAACCGGGACCUGCAGAGGAUCACGGAGCUCCUCGAAAUUCCCCGAAACGAGGGCGCCGUCGGCGACACUGAGGGCCCCUAGCGACCCCUAGUGGCCCCUGACUGUAUGGUCAUCCUCAUCAAGACUCGCGAGAGACCAGCGGAUAGACUCACAGCAGCAACCCUGAACCAACCGAAAUAAACACGCUCGCUCUCUCUCUCUCCCUCCCUCCCUCCCUCCCUCCCUAAUAAUAUGAUGUUCUGAAGACCGCGAUAGCUUUAAUCCUAUCGAGUGAUUUACCCCUUCCCCAUCGCCGGAUCCACCGCCACGCGAGAAGGAUCCGGACCGCACCUGAAGUCCUACGGGCUGGAGGAACGCUCUUCAUGAGCAGACCUCGCGAUCGGUGAUGUCAUGUGAUGAUGGUGAUCGGGAGUUGAUUGGUGUGAACGAUUUAAAUCAUGAUUGGUGUCACAGGAAAAAAAUCUGGAUUAGGAGACGUUUGUUCGUCUUGGUACACGGGGUGAGCACCAGUGCAAUGUUAUAAAAUUCCUAAUAUUUUAUGUAGGGUUCAAAAUGGCAACCCACAAAUAAAAAAUAGUUGUUAUUGUG